GUCGCAACACAUGUCUCGGUCAGAGUCUCGGUCAUCGCAUGGUUGGUGCAAGCCCGCCAGUCACGGCGCGGAUAGAUGCGCUAACUAGGAGACCAUUGAUUACACAUCUAUGUAAAGGUGCCCUUGGCGGCCAUCAAACGAUCCCCUGGCCCGUCAUCAUAGUCUUCCCCCGACCAGGUUUCUGGCCUUAGCCCAGCUUGUCGGCUUGUUAGGUAGAGGGGAGGGAGUCGCCACGCUACCUACGUCAGCGGCAGGAAUGUGACCAACUUCUUGCUUAGGAGGCUGCCUUCCAUAUAACAGUAAAAUGCCUGGACUCUUCCGAAUGCCGCAUGGUCCUUUGACUCCUUUCUAAUUACUAGCCAAGGCUACAUGGUCAAAAAGUCUUCACUUCGCGACGCCACCUUAAUCUGUGCUUCUGCCCCGCCAUUGUGAGGUGAAAGACUGCACCGACGGAUCGCAAACAAAAUGAGGAGGAAUUCGCCAAAAGGCGUGGCCAUGGUCGUCGGGGUUUUAGCCACCGGUGUAGUGGCCCAGUCCGAUUCGAAUCCGAAGAGAGGAAUGGCAUAUAUAGGCGGAUCCGACUCUCACACCGCCGACUAUGACUUGCUACUUUCCUCUAACUCGCCAAUCACUUGGUACUUUACUUGGUCACCUGUCGCAGCCCCCUCGGACAUAUUUCCCGAUGACGCUGAAUCCCGCAUCGAGUUCGUACCAGCGCUGCCCAGCACAGAUAACCUCGAAGACAACAUCGACGCGUUGGACCGAUUACCGAGCUCUUCGAAACAUCUGUUCACUUUUAACGAGCCUGAUGGCUCCACAGAUUCCGGCGGUUCUGACAUUAGUCCCGAUGAUGCAGCCAGGGCCUAUAUCGAAAGAAUCGUGCCCUUACGGGACCGCUUCCAGAUCUCUCAUCCGAGCGUCACCGGGUCCCCCAGGGGUCUGGAAUGGUUGAACGACUUUAACUCUUCGUGCUGGGAUAUCGACUCGGAGCACGGGUGUCCGGCGGACUUCGUAACAGCGCACUUUUACGGCGCAUUUGAAGGACUGUCUUCCUGGUUGGACCAAUUAGCCGAGUGGUACAACCAAAGCGGCAGCGGCCUCGAAAGCGACCUGAAGAUCUGGGUGAAAGAGCUCGCCCUGCCCCAAGAAGACGAAGACACAACUUUUGCCAUGAUGAACCAGACGCUUCCGUAUCUGGACAAGCUGGAAUACGUGGAGAGGUAUGCCUGGUUCGGAGCUUUCCGUCCCAAGGAAGCCAACGAAUGGACUGGUGAUGGAGUAGCUCUGUUCCAGGGUGACGGCGGGCUUAGCGAGCUGGGAUCGUACUACCUCGGCGGAGAAGAAAAUGGCUUCAAAGUCGGCCAGCAGGGAGAAUCGAGUGGCGGCAGCGGAGAUACUGGAGGUCUUCGAGCCUCGCUGUCAGCUCUCUGGGUUAUGAUUAUAGUGACAUGCUUUUGGAAUAUAUGACGGAAUGAAAACAUUUUUAUGACAAUUUGGACGAACAUGAGACAUAUCUCCAGGGGUCAGCAAGACCCUUUUUCUUGUAUAUAUAAUUGGUUAAGAAAUCGCGUCAUCACAAUAGCGGAUUAUACGAUGUCAGGCUUGAAAUUGUUAGAUUCAAUAACAUAAUUACAUUAAUAAGCUGCUUGCUUUAUAGAUUAGCAUGUAUAGCAGAAUGUCAAAUAAAGCUUGAGUGCUAUUAAAAAGGGGUAGUGAAAGAUACCACACAUGGU